CCACCUCGACGUCUCCCCCUCGUCGUCACCAUCCCCAAUGCCCGACACCUUCAACGACCUCCUCCGCGGUUCCAAGCUCCCCCACCAGGCCAACAACAUGACGGACCCGAACCCGAAGCCCACGGAGCGCAGACGCUCCUCGGGCUCCGAACGCUUCGCCAACCUCACGGCCGCCAAGCGCGACCCCAACAACGAGCGCACGUCGGCUAGCCGCGCCAGCUUCUCGGACCAGAACCGCAAGCCCGGCUUCCUGGGCCAGAUGUGGCAGAACUACACCCGGGGCUCCGCUACCUCCCCUGAUCAGAGCUCCAGCGGCACGAAGUAAACUGCCUUUGGCUGUGGGCGUUGUUGGCGUUGAUGUUGUUGUUUGGUGUUGUUGUUGUUGUUGUUGUUGUUGUGGGGAAUGCAACGCAAAAACACGCACACGCGCAGCCACGAAGAUGAGAUUGACGACGAUGCCCCUGCUGUAUGAUAUGAUAGGGAUUGCAUGGCAGCGCACUCCUGCUCCUAAGGAAUGAACGAACGGCGUUGGUGGUUUGCUUGCGAUUGUCCCCCAGACGGCUACGAUGAGUGUAUUCUGGCUCCGAUCCUCGAGACUCUUACCUUGGUAGUUUUCCUCGCUGUGUAUGU